CUUUUACAACAGUCACAGGACAACGAUACGGUGAUUUAUACAAGAAAGUACAAUUUAUACAAGAAGCGCAUGAGGACAGAGAGCGUAUGGCUAUCAAUGGUGUGCAAUAAAUGGCCAAACGGCGUGCCGGGGGAGACCGGUCAUAGCAGCCUGCAUGUGAGCAGUGGACACGGGGGGCUACAGUGGUGGUGGUGGAGUAGCGCGGAGGGUUGCUCGGCCCGUCCCGUCGGCUCAAAGUGCGGAGGGAGGGCUCGCCUUGUGGCUUCCUGGCCCCCUGCAUCGGACGGCUGUAUUCUCGAUGCACAUCCGAGCAGCCCGGUGGCUUGGGCCAAUGGACGGGGUCGGGGGAGAGUGGAGUUGAGACAGUUUAACUAUUAACCGUACGCGGUCGGUACCACCAUACUUAAGGCGUGCACACCGGCAUCCGCGGCUCAGCCCGAGCGCGUAACCAGCGGGGUGGAGGAUACAUGCAGCCAGCUCGCCGGACUCCAGCGGAACCUCUGCCCGGGUCGUUCGCCGGAGCACGGCCACUAAAAGUUUAUGGUCCACUCUGUUUGGAGAAGACCCUUUCUGUGGCUGGUAAUUCAAUCCUUGUGCUGCAGACCUUUAAAUAUCUUCAGUGCAAAGACCUUUCCAGCAGCCACGUGGUGUAAGGUGAGCCAUCGCCAGCCCGUUAUGCCAACUAGUCUACUGUGAUCAGUGGAUUGCGAGCAGGACUCGCCUGCACUGCAAUAUAGCUACUUCAGACAUCUGACUGUUCCCAUUUAACUUAAAACCAAUGCUGUUCAGAAGAAUACAACAACAACAAAAAAAACUCUGGAGAACAUACGAAUGGGGGUUUCUGUGCCCACACAGAGCUGCUUGCAUUGAAUGGAGAACAUACUGGUCCUGCUCCCAAAACACCGACAGGAACACGGGGUGUGCAGACAAACGGAUGCAUGUGCCUUGUUGCAAUUUUUUUCCCCAUAGAGCAAUUUCCAUUUGGCUCUUCAGUAAUAGUCGUCACCCCCUGUCCACAUUUUUAAUGGGAUAAAUGACUUAGACUGAUCAGGAUCAAAACCAGGUCAGGUGAUCCAGUGACUCCUUUAUAACAGUUAGUCUAUAUUUUCUUUUCAAGCCCAUUGUCUUCCAAAGGCUUCCGUAUGGUACUUUGGUCGAAAGAACAAGAGAAAUUGCCCGACAUCAACAUGUCCUCCGGGGCCAUUGAGGUGAAGAAAGAUGGAGGGCCCCUUUCGCCGGCCUUCCUUAACUCCAACUCCACUGUCCACCCGGUGAUCCUCACUCAGGGGCCCGAGGAAGGGAGCCCAGAUACUGGAAGUGAGUUUGAGCUCAAAGAGGUCACAUCUUUCACAGAAAUGGCCAAUGAAACCCCGGAGAAUGAAGAAAGGUUGGAGAUUGUUGCAGUGAUGGACUGUCGGGCUAAUGCCAAAGGCCAGCGUGAGGAGGAUGCGCUCUUGGAGAAUGCAAGCCAGAAUGAGAGCGAUGACACCAGUAAUGACCAGAGCCCUGAACCACCGGCACCCUUCAAAGAAACCUCCUUCUCAAUUGGUCUGCAGGUGGUUUUCCCGUUCCUGCUGGCUGGGUUUGGGACAGCGGCAGCAGGAAUGGUGCUCGACAUUGUUCAGGCUAAUAUUGGUCUGAUGGACACGACCAAGGACAUGUGGAACAUGAUCAUGGGGAACUUGGCUCUCAUCCAGGUCCAAGCCACAGUUGUAGGGUUCCUGGCCUCCAUUGCUGCUGUUAUCUUCGGUUGGAUUCCAGAGGGGCACUUCAGACUGGGCCAUGCAGUGCUGCUUUGUGCCUCCAGUGUAGCCACUGCCUUUAUUGCUUCUCUGCUACUAGGACUUAUCAUGAUUGGUGUGAUUAUUGCAUCCAGGAAAGUUGGCAUCAACCCAGAUAAUGUGGCCACACCUAUUGCUGCUAGCCUAGGAGACCUUAUCACCCUUUCUCUACUGGCCGGCAUCUCAACAGGGCUGUACAAGGAACUCGAUUACAACAACUAUGCCAAUCCUCUGGUAUGUGCGGUGUUUGUGGCAUUAUGUCCAAUAUGGGUGCUGAUAGCCAGGAAGAUCCCAUCUACUCGAGAAGUCCUGUACUCUGGAUGGGAGCCGGUCAUCAUCGCAAUGGCCAUCAGCAGUGUCGGUGGUCUUAUUCUUGACAAGACCGUUACCAACCCAAACUUUGCUGGCAUGGCGGUCUUCACUCCAGUCAUCAAUGGUGUGGGUGGUAACCUGGUUGCAGUUCAGGCUAGUCGAAUCUCCACCUAUCUGCACAUGAAUGGGAUACCGAUGGGGGAUCCGAACCCCAUGCCGAGGAACAGGAAGUGUCCCACACCCUGCUCCACUUUCUUCACCUCCACUGUGAACUCCCGUUCUGCGCGUGUGCUCUUCCUCCUGGUGGCCCCGGGUCACCUUGUCUUCCUCUACACCAUCAACUCAUUGAGGGGGGGACACACCACACUAACCCCUGUCUUCAUCACCUUCUACCUGGGAGCUGCACUGCUGCAGGUGAUCAUCCUGCUCUACCUUGCGGACUGGAUGGUCCACUGGAUGUGGGGCAGAGGGAUGGACCCCGACAACUUCUCUAUUCCCUACCUGACUGCUCUUGGUGACCUGCUGGGAACCGGCUUCCUUGCCCUCUGUUUCCAUGUGCGCUUUUUCAUUGGUGACAGAGACUCCAAUUUGGGAAACUGAUUGCAUGCGUCAGCAAACAGUUCUCUUGCACACAUGGACACUGAUUAUGUAUAACUGGAUGUUUCCUAUGAAAGGGCUAAUCCCUUGUAGGGUUCUGAUUGAAGAUAUAGUGCUCUAGUUUACAAUGAUAACUGGGUGCACUAUAGUCUGUUUUAAUGUGGAAAUAUUGGGAACUAUUUGUAUCUUAUUCAGCCCCACAGAUUGUUUUUGUUGAUAACAGAGUCCCCUGUCUCUGUUAUUAUUGUACGAUUGUAAAUGAUUAUUAUUAUCAGUAAAUAAUCCAUUUGAUGUAAAUUUAUAUCAAUUCUAUUUUGAAAGGCUAUUUCUCAUUAUUUUAAAUGGGGAAACUAGCCAAGAAAUCAGUUUUUACGUGAUCAACUUGCAACAAAUCCAAGAAAAUAAGCAAAAAAUAAACCCUAACAAGCCUACAGUAUGUUACUUAAUCACCACGUGCUUUGUCUAGAAAUUCUAUGAAAUCAUUGAAAUGCAAAUGUAUCAAGAGUGCUUUAGAAGAGUGCAUAUGGCUACAUAGAGCAAGCUGUAGCUCUGUUUUACCUUCAUCUAAUGACAGCAGACUGAUGCGCUUUCACCAUGAGAUGGAACCAGAAAUGUAGCAAUUGAAAGCUCCUUCCACAACACAAGAAAUCGUGGUUUAAUUCUGGUUUAUAAGAAAUGGAAGGUCAGUCCGUAGGAUCACACACAGUAGCAAUGUUUGAGCCUGUUCAUUGGCUGUCCUCAAAACAGCAUAUCCCUCAAUCCUCCUUCUUCCUGACGUUGCAAAACUUCCUGUUUCUGACUAAAUGCGCAAAACAAAUUAUGAAAAUAGAGCUUGAUUCCGAUUAGUCUGUGAUGUAAGGACAACGCACUGAAAUGACAAAGUAUUGUACAAAGAUACCGGCAGCCAUUAGGGUCCUGUACCGCUUGCAAAACAAUCUGCCAAUUCUGUACUAAAGCAGUUAUGUUAUGCAAGUCCAACCUUUAGCCAUAAACAAGAGGCUUAAGAAACCUGCAGAGUUUAGCUCACUUAACAUUAGUGUGCACUUUGUAUUUUGGGUCCCCGCAGACUGUAAGAAGUGUCAUUUGUAAGAGAUGCCUUCUGUAUUACUGGGACCUGGAACCAUUAGAUUAAACAGCACCAAAGACUCACCCUCAGUCCUCAUUGAGCUGAUUUGAAAUCACUGGUUCCAGGAAGUUCACACAGAACCACACAAAACAUUUAUGUUGAUUUCAACUAUAAUAUUUCAUUUAAGUUUUAUAUCCUGCUUUUUGUUUUGUCACAGAGCAUUCUUUAAAAAUGUUGUAGUACAUGAAGUCAGGAGUUUUUUUCAAGAAUAGCACAGGAUGGUUGCAAAGCAUUUCGAUGAAGUCAGUUAUUUUGUAAUUCGUCUAACUGUUAAUAUUUUUCUUUGUCCUCUGGUUACGCAAAAUGACAAGAAAACAAAGUCUCAUUGGGAUUUUCUCAAACUCCAAAAAAUAACUGCAGUGCUUAUGUGUGAAGAAUAAAGUGGUGCAACAACUGUUGUAUUGCCACACAGUGUGUAGGCAAAGAUGUUUAGGAGCUUGGAUUUGGUAAAUCACUUAAAGUUAAAUGGUGGUGUCAUUAAAUAUUUAAUUGGUUGCAUACAAUAUCACCAGGCGGCACGGUGGACGACUGGUUAGAGCGUCAGCCUCACAGUUCUGAGGACCUGGGUUCAAUCCCCGGCCCCGCCUGUGUGGAGUUUGCAUGUUCUCCCCGUGCCUGCGUGGGUUUUCUCCGGGCACUCCGGUUUCCUCCCACAUCCCAAAAACAUGCAUUAAUUGGGGAGUCUAAAUUGCCCGUCGGCAUGACUGUGAGUGCGAAUGGUUGUUUGUUUCUAUGUGCCCUGCGAUUGGCUGGCAACCAGUUCAGGGUGUACCCCGCCUCCUGCCCGAUGACAGCUGGGAUAGGCUCCAGCACGCCCGCGACCCUAGUGAGGAGAAGCUGCUCAGAAAAUGGAUGGACAAUAUCACCACAAAUUCUUGUGUAACUUCGUUUAUGACACACAACUGCAUACUAACUCCCCUUUGCCAUGAAGUGGUAUACUCAAGGAUUCCAUCCAUCUCAUGACUUGAUGAAAAUCCUGACCCAUAACUGGAACAUUUGGAGUAAAAAAAUAAAAUAAUAAUAAUAAUCAAACUGAACCAAAAUCUUCCCGACAAACACAUGCCCAAUAAUUGCACCUACUUUUCCUCUCACUCUGUUUUUGUAAUAGUGAGUAUAAGGAAGGCGGCACGGUGGCCGACUGGUUAGAGCGUCAGCCUCACAGUUCUGAGGUGCGGGGUUCAAUCCCCGUCCCCGCCUGUGUGGAGUUUGCAUGUUCUCCCCGUGCCUGCGUGGGUUUUCUCCGGGCACUCCGGUUUCCUCCCACAUCCCAAAAACAUGCAUUAAUUGGAGACUCUAAAUUGCCCGUAGGCAUGACUGUGAGUGCGAAUGGUUGCUUGUUUCGAUGUGCCCUGCGAUUGGCUGGCAACCAGUUCAGGGUGUACCCCGCCUCCUGCCCGAUGACAGCUGGGAUAGGCUCCAGCACGCCCGCGACCCUGGUGAGGAGAAGCGGCUCAGAAAAUGGAUGGAUGGAUGAGUAUAAGGAAAAUGAAGGCUGAAAUGCAAUUUCUUUAUGAGAAAGUAAAGAGCUAUUUUGACCAAUUGAAAUAAGUCCAAAUAUGCGGUGUCUUUGAGAAAUCUUGCAUGAGAUGCUUGAAUUAUUUGCCACUUGUCGGACUUCUGUGUUAUCGCAAAGGGGCCAGAAGAAUAAAUGUGCAGCGCACAUCCUAUGAAUGUGAAAAUAUACCUAGUAUGUAUAGAGAGAUAUCAUCUGUCAAUCUUUUAUUUGGGUUUUGACUGGUUUUCUGGAGAAAGUUUUAGUUUUGUUAAAAUUCUGAUUCCCACCCCCCCUUCCUUUACCUAAUCGUUUCAACACUUGGUGAUUUCUGUCACGAAAAGAAACCUGUAAAGAAGCAACUUCUCAAAGCUGGGCCACGACGCAAAGUACUGUAAUUUGCUAAACUGACACUAGAGAGCGCUAGAGAGAUUAUUUGUUGUCUUCUUUUUUUGUUUUGUUUAUCUUGGUUCAAAUCCACCUUGGGAGUCGUAUUAUUAUUAUUUUUAAGGUUUUUAUUGCUUUUUUUUGGUUAAAAGUCAUAUCCAUAUAUCUGUUAACUCAUUUCUCUUUUUCCUCGACCUCCUUACUGACCAGGUGCCAGCCUUCUGCUCUAAAUUAAUGGAAAGUUGUGAAUACUUCUAUAAGAGCGCAGAUAAUGGUUUAUUUAUUUUUAGAAACACACAAAGCAAUUUGUACAUACUAUAUUUAUUCUAUAUAUAAGGUUGUUUAUUGUGUCCUUUCAUUGUGGCUCUGUUACUUUGUCACCCGGUGUCAAAGGUGUUUCCUUCUUUUUUUUUUGCAAAUGGCUAGUAGUAAUUUUUUGUUUGUUUGCUGCUUGCCACAAUAGUGGUGAAUUGUUGCAUAGUGCCUAAUAAUGACAUGGCCUUAACCUCUAUGAGAGCCAAGCUCAACUCAGAGUAACCAAUCAACAGCUUGGUAGCACCUUAAAUUAGCCCUGAUUAACAAAUGAUUUACAAUACCUUGAUUGUGCUAUGCAAUGUAAUGUAAUACUGUAACUUAGUGUGAUGUAGCUGUGGUGGAGGACUGGGAGAUUUGGUUCCACACUUGAGUUCACAUGUACAAUAUGUGCAAACACCUCUGCAGUUUGGGUACAACUGCCUGGGACAAAGAUAAGCAUAAACAAAACUGUCAAACGCAAGAAACUGUGUAGUGUUACAUGUAAUUCUAGAUUGUUAUGCAAUCUAAAAUACCCAACCAAAACCCACAUAAUGCCUUUUUAACCUCAGUGCUUCAGCCCCCUUGAACUCAAAAGGAACCAGAUGGGCUCUCAGGCUAUCAGUGUUCACAUUAAACCGUGACGUCCAUUUCCUAUCACAUUUGCUGCUCAGUAAGCAAAAUAAUAAAAAAUAAUAAUGAUAAUUUUAAAAAGUAUGUAUAGUCUCACCAGGGCUGAAGAUUGUGGGUUCUUUCCUGAUUUGCUGGGAAUAAAGGACUAUUGUUUGAUACCAGUCAA